UCCUCUGGACUCCACCCUGCUCUUCAGUGUUCCGGGAAAUGUUCUUAACUGCUGCUGGACGUACAGGAUAGAGCUGAGAGAACAGACGGGCAGGCCGCCGAAAAACUUCAUAUUAACCACUCUUAACUCUAACCGAAUCUCUUCAGUACUUUGAAGUUUUUGGGAAACAGGACUUUCCGACACCAGAAAGACUUCGAGUUUUCCCAUUGUACUGCUAAGAAAUAUCAGGUUACGACCAGACUGUUUCUUUCGUUGAAAUCUCAUAGUUGGUAAAAUGUCCAGGUCAGACUACCCUCCAGGGUACGAUGACUCCCGGGACUUGCUGUAUGCACCUCAGGGUCAAAAUUACCCACCACCCCCAGCGUAUGGCUUCCCUGGCUUUGGUGGUCCCCAGCCAGACCAGCCCUCUGCUCCCUUCCCCGCUGGACCUUCUAUGUAUCCAGGCCAGCCAGGGGGCUAUCCUCAGGGCCAGCCAGGGGGCUAUCCUCAGGGCCAGCCAGGGGGCUAUCCUCCGGGGGGCUAUCCUCCCGGCCCGUACCCAGGACAGCCAUACUCUGGUGGGCCAGGAGCUGGCUACCCCAGUCACCCUCCCAUGCCCCCUGUCAUGCCACCUACCAUACCAUCAGAUAUCCUGAGCUCAGGUGAUGAGUUUGCGGCAAGCGACAGCGGUUUUGACAAUUUGAGCAUUCGUCAUGCCUUCAUCCGAAAGGUGUAUUUGAUUUUGGCGUCUCAGCUCCUCGUCACCACAGCCAUUGUGGCCGUAUUCACAUUUGUCCAACCUGUCAGAUACUUCGUACAGCGAAACCAAGCUAUCUACUGGGCAUCGUAUGCUGUGUAUAUUGUCACCCACCUUGUGCUGGUCUGCUGCAAGGGCCCCCGGAGAAAGUUUCCAUGGAACGUCAUCCUGCUGUUCCUCUUUACCUUGGCAUUGUCCUACAUGACUGGAUCCAUUUCGAGUUACUACGAUACAAAAGCAGUGUUUCUUGCUCUGGGGAUCACUGCCGUUGUCUGCAUCGCUGUCACCGUCUUCUGCUUCCAGACAAAGGUGGACUUCACCAAGUGCCAGGGCCUCUUCUGUGUCCUGGGAAUUGUGAUGUUGGUGACUGGCAUCAUUGCAACUAUUGUGCUGUCAUUCAAAUAUAUUCUGUGGCUUCAUAUGCUUUAUGCAGCAAUGGGAGCCAUAGUUUUCACUAUGUUCCUAGCGUACCACACGCAGCUGUUGAUAGGGAACAGGAAGCACUCCAUCAGCCCAGAGGAGUACGUGUUUGCUGCGCUCUCCAUCUACGUUGACAUCAUUCAGAUUUUCCUUUUCCUGCUGCAAAUUAUCGGUGCUUCGACCAAAUAAGUGCACCCAAGGACACAAGUACACAAGCAACUUGGGUCACCAGAGUGCAAAACCAUUCUGUGCCUCUUUUUUUUCUUUUUUAAACCUUUUGCUUUGUUUUUAGCCAUUUAGAAUAGAUUUACAAAAUCAUGAUGCACUCCGGUGAAAAUGUCUUAGGGAUGAAUUUGACAUUUGGUCAUAGGCUAAUCCUGUGACCAAAAAGAAUUUGUCCUGAAAUGAAUAUUUGUGUGUUUCUGUAUUAAGCAACUUAUCAGUGGUUUAAAAAGAAUGGUAUAUACUGCGGUGUAAAUACAGCAAAUAUAUGU